AGGGGAGGGGACGGGACGGGUCGGGAGGAGGGGUCCGGCCGAGCGCUGCCCCCGCCCGCAGCGCGGCGGCUCCAGACGCCUCCCUCGUCCCUCCGUCUCCUUCUCCUCUCCCGGCCCCGCCGCUCCCGCUCCUCCUCCGCUCCGCACUUUGCGUCUCUCCGCCGCCGCUCUCGGUCUCCGCAGCCGGGCGCGGGGCGCAGCGCUCUCGGAGCCGCCGUUCCCCGCAUGGCGGCCGCCCCGCGGCCCUAGCGAGCUCCGGUCGGGGCGGCGCGGAGCGGAGCCGGGGAAGCGGCGCUGUGCGCUCUCCCGAGGCGGCAGCAUGGCGCGGGGCGGAGGGCGGCUGGAGGCCGCCGCUCGGGGCCGCCGCCCGCGGGGCCGGGGAGCGCUGGGCCUCCUGUGCCUGGCAGCGCUGUGCGGGCUGGGCGCCGCCGAGGCGGAGUUCUCCAUCCUGGAGGAAGCGCAAGUUUUGGCCACGCAGAUGAGGAAGCUCGCCACCGAGGAGCUGGGGGUCGUCACCAUGCAGAGGAUAUUCAACUCCUUCAUGUACACGGAGAAAAUAUCAAAUGGAGAAAGCGAAGUUCAGCAGUUGGCAAAAAAAAUCCGUGAGAAGUUUAACCGUUACUUGGAUGUUGUGAAUCGUAACAAGCAAGUAGUGGAAGCAUCGUACACUGCUCACCUCACAUCGCCACUGACUGCAAUCCAGGACUGCUGCACUAUUCCACCAUCUAUGAUGGAAUUCGAUGGCAAUUUUAACACCAACGUUUCCAGGACAAUUAGCUGUGACCGACUGUCCACCACUGUCAACAGCAGAGCCUUCAAUCCGGGACGUGAUUUAAAUUCUGUUCUUGCUGAUAAUCUGAAGUCAAACCCUGGGAUUAAAUGGCAAUAUUUCAGCUCAGAAGAAGGCAUUUUCACCGUCUUCCCAGCCCACAAGUUCCGGUGCAAAGGCAGCUACGAGCACCGCAGCAGGCCUGUCUAUGUUUCUACUGUUCGACCUCAAUCCAAGCAUAUUGUUGUCAUUGUGGACCAUGGAGCUUCAGUCACAGAAACACAGCUUCAGAUUGCCAAAGAUGCCGCUCAGGUCAUUCUGAGCUCUAUAGAUGAACACGAUAAGAUCUCUGUGUUAACCGUGGCAGACACAGUAAGAACCUGCUCUCUGGAUCAGUGCUAUAAGACGUUUCUGUCUCCUGCCACUAGUGAGACAAAAAGGAAGAUGUCCACCUUCGUUAGCAGUAUAAAGUCAUCUGACAGCCCCACGCAGCAUGCAAUAGGAUUUCAAAAGGCUUUCCAGUUGAUACGAAAUACAAACAAUGGCACAAAACUCCAAGGAAAUACCGAUAUGGUCAUAAUUUCUCUCUCUGCUGGGAUCACAUCAAAAGAUUCCUCAGAAGAUGAUAAAAAGGCAACUCUGCGUGUCAUCAAUGAAGAAAACAGUUUUCUCAAUAACUCAGUAAUGAUUCUCACUUACGCUCUUAUGAACGAGGGAGUGACGGGUUUGAAAGAACUGGCCUUCCUCCGAGACCUGGCAGAGCAGAACUCAGUGAAGUACGGCGUUCCAGAUCGAUCAACCCUGCCUGUGAUCAAGGGCAGCAUGAUGGUCCUAAACCAGCUGAGUAACCUGGAAACUACUGUCGGCCGCUUCUAUACAAACCUCCCCAACCGAAUGAUUGAUGAGGCGGUCUUCAGUCUGCCUUUCUCAGAUGAAAUGGGAGAUGGCCUGAUAAUGACUGUAAGCAAACCGUGCUACUUUGGGAACCUGCUGUUAGGGAUUGUUGGAGUGGAUGUUAAUCUUGCGUAUAUCUUGGAAGAUGUCACCUAUUACCAGGACUCAUUGGGCUCCUACACGUUUCUCAUUGAUAAUAAAGGGUACACUCUUAUGCACCCAUCCCUUACCAGGCCCUACCUGCUGUCUGAGCCACCACUCCACACGGAUAUUAUACAUUACGAGAACAUUCCCAAAUUUGAGCUGGUGCGGCAGAACAUCCUCAGCAUUCCCCUGGGCAGCCAGAUCAUUACGGUCCCUGUUAACUCCUCGCUGUCCUGGCAUGUAAACAAACUGAGAGAAGUUGGGAAAGAAGCCUACAAUGUCAGCUAUGCCUGGAAAAUGGUUCAGGACACAUCCUUUAUUCUGUGCGUUGUGGUGAUACAACCAGAAAUACCUGUGAAGCAGCUUAAGAAUCUCAACACUGUCCCCAGCAGCAAGCUCCUGUAUCACCGCCUGGAUCUGCUGGGCCAGCCAAACGCCUGCCUGCACUUCAAGCAGCUGGCGACUUUAGAAAGCCCUACGGUAAUGCUGUCUGCGGGCAGCUUCUCUUCUCCUUAUGAACAUCUCAGCCAGCCCGAGACAAAGCGGAUGGUGGAGCACUACACGGCGUACCUCAGUGACAACACGCGCCUGAUUGCUAAUCCUGGCCUUAAGUUCUCUGUCAGAAAUGAAGUAAUGGCUACCAGUCACGUCACAGAUGAAUGGAUGACACAAAUGGAAAUGAGUAGUUAUGAACAGUUGAACAGUUAUAUUGUGCGCCGUUACAUAGCAACCCCCAAUGGGGUGCUCCGAAUUUACCCCGGUUCCCUCAUGGACAAAGCAUUUGAUCCCACCAGGAGACAAUGGUACUUGCAUGCAGUGGCCAAUCCAGGACUAAUUACCUUUACUGGUCCUUAUUUAGAUGUAGGAGGGGCAGGCUACGUCGUUACCAUCAGUCACACCAUUCACUCUUCCAGUGCACAGAUGUCCUCAGGGCAUUCAGUGGCUGUGAUGGGCAUUGACUUCACCCUGCGGUACUUCUACAAAGUUCUCAUGGACCUGCUGCCAGUUUGUAACCAAGAUGGAGGAAACAAAAUUAGGUGCUUUAUCAUGGAGGACAGAGGGUACCUGGUGGCACAUCCAACCCUCAUCGAUCCCAAAGGACACGCGCCGGUAGAGCAGCAGCACAUUACACACAAGGAGCCCUUGGUAGCAAAUGACAUUCUUAACCACCCGAAUUUUGUCAAGAAAAACCUCUGCAACAGCUUCAGUGACAGAACAGUUCAGCGCUUUUAUAAAUUUAAUACCAGCCUGGUGGGAGAUCUGACAAACCUUGUGCAUGGCAGCCACUGCUCCAAGUACAGGCUGACAAGAAUACCGGGCACCAAUGCCUUCGUGGGCAUCGUCAAUGAGACCUGUGAUUCUCUUGCUUUCUGCGCCUGCAGCAUGGUGGACAGGCUGUGUCUGAACUGCCACAGAAUGGAGCAGAAUGAAUGUGAAUGCCCGUGUGAGUGCCCUCUGGAGGUAAACGAGUGCACCGGCAACCUCACGAAUGCUGAGAGCAGGAAUCCAAGCUGUGAAGUUCACCAGGAGCCAAUGACUUUCACAGCAAUCGAUCCCAGCCUGCAGGAUGCACUCCCUCAAUGCAUUAACACUCAGUGCAAUCAGAGAACAGAGAGCGGGGAUUGCUUUGGUGUGUUGGACUGUGAGUGGUGUAUGGUAGACAGCGAUGGGAAGACCCAUCUGGAUAAGUCCUACUGUGCCCCUCAGAAGGAAUGCUUUGGUGGCAUCGUGGGAGCCAAGAGCCCGUAUGUGGAUGACCUGGGAGCAAUAGGAGAUGAAGUAAUCACUCUGAACAUGAUAAAAAGUGCACCGGUUGGCCCAGUGGCAGGAGGCAUCAUGGGCUGCAUUAUGGUGCUUGUCCUAGCAGUGUAUGCGUAUCGUCACCAGAUACAUCGGAGGAGUCACCAGCACAUGUCACCUUUGGCAGCACAGGAAAUGUCAGUGCGUAUGUCGAACCUGGAAAACGAUAGGGACGAGAGGGAUGAUGACAGCCAUGAAGACAGAGGAAUCAUCAGUAACACCCGAUUCAUAGCAGCAGUAAUAGAGCGCCAUGCCCACAGCCCAGAACGCAGACGCCGAUAUUGGGGUCGAUCAGGAACAGAAAGCGACCACGGCUACAGCACUAUGAGUCCUCAGGAGGACAGCGAAAAUCCGCCGUGCAAUAAUGACCCGCUGUCAGCUGGUGUGGAUGUUGGGAACCAUGACGAAGACUUAGACCUGGACACACCACCUCAGACAGCGGCACUGCUGAGCCACAAGUUUCACCACUACCGGUUGCACCACCCCACUCUACACCACAGCCACCAUUUACAGGCUGCAGUCACCGUACACACUGUGGAUGCAGAGUGCUAAUGAACAACACAAGCAGCAAACCUUGUGAACGAUGAUCUGUGCAGCCACGGGCACCUUUGUUGCUGUGCUUUUUACCAGGGACAGUUUAACGAACUUCCUGAGUAAACUCUUAGGCAUAAGAGCUUUACAUUCUCAUAAUGUAAGGUUGGCUCAGAAAUGGAAGGGAAAUGUGCUUGAUGAAUGGACCUGCCAUAACAUUUAAUAAAAUGGAACAGGAGGCACGUUAGACCUCCAGAACCAGGGAUGCAAGUUUAUACAGCAGCCGAAGCUUUGGAAGCCCUGUUAUGCUGAGCCAAGAGAAGGGAGAGCUUAAAAGAGCCAGAGACGAUUUGGUUUCCUUAACUGGAAGAGCAGAAAACUGUGCAGCUGAAGACUUAAAAAGGUGCCAGACGGAGCGGGGGGAGCCCGGCGGGUUCUUUGCAGUUUUAUGCUCUUAGGAAGUUCAUUGCUCCUAUAGUUGCUGUGUGGAACCUGGGACAGUGCAUCUCAAGAUUUUUAAGUAAAGGAUUAUUUUUCUACUAUUUAUUGAACUUGAAACUAUGGGGGGGUGGGAGGGGAGAAAACGUUAGCAGUUUUCAACAGCUACCACAUAUAUUCUGUGAUGGUGAAGUAGUUCUUCUGAGGAAGACGUCUGUUUCUUAUUAGCUGGUAUUCAUCCACUGCCCCGCUCUGCAAAAGGGAAAAUGAAGAAGUCGUCUCCAACGUGUUUACAUUACGAAUGCUUUAUUUGCCACAAUUGUUUUCUGUUAAUUUUACAACCUGAUUUACACGGCAGUAUUUUCUUCCUAUUUGCAGAGGAGAAAUCCUGCAUUUCCUUACUAAAAUUCAGCAAAUUCUGCCCCAAAAAAUCUCUCCAUCUUAAACUCUUUGAUCAUCCCCAAAGAUUUCCUGUAUGGCAGUAAGAAAGGAUUUCUUUAGCAUUGGUUACCAGAGAAUUCCAAAUGAAGUCUGUGCCAUUGUAAUGAUUCUUUAGGACACCAUCGAGAUCCGAAGUAGGGACAAAGCAGUGCUCUGUAAAACUUGGGUUACUGCGGAGGGGGGGAUCUGUUUGAAAUCAUAAUUAGAAGCUGCUGCUGUUUGUCUGGAUUUUAACAUUGUUUGGUAACUCAGAGAUGAAUCAGCCUGACUGCAACACGGUGCAGCGUAAUCAUCAAUCAGUUUUAAAUCACGGUGUUGUAUUUUAGAUUCACAUUUUGUGAUUACGGUGAUAUAAAAUCAUUCUUGCACUGUGCAUAUGAUAAACAUCCAUUUAUAUGUAGUUUCUUUUAAAUCACUUGUUUUAAUUAAUAUGGUACUUCAUACCGUGUUAUGUAAAAAAAGAAUUGGUUCUUAAACAGUACGGUAAAAUAACUAUAUGUGUGAUAUCAGGAUACCCCUUUAUACUAUGUAUAAAAUUGAAAUCUCUAGUGAAAUAAACUGUAUAUAAAGUAUAGUUCUGUGGA